CGCAACCCAUCUUGUUGUCCCAAUCCAUAACAACAGGACCACCCUGCAGCCGCCUCUUCUGAUUCAUUCAAUUGCUCCUCUCCUAUACAGCCUCUCUGAAACUCCGGGAUAAUAAAUUUAUUUGGCUAAGACUCUGCAGCAGAUUUCAAAUUCCAUCUGCUCAUCGUCAUACCCGUUGGCUCGACAAUCUCACCAAAGCAGACUCCUCCACCAUAUCCGAUACCACAUAGCCCGGAAUAUAUCGUUAGUGCAUGCCUGUGGCCGGCCAAACUUUCUAUCCAAGAUUCUAUAACCAUGGAUCAAACCGCCCAAGGUGCUAGCCAGCAGCAGGGCAGACAGCAACCUGUCUAUGAUACUAGAAACGGUGGACACUAUGGUGCCAGCGCAGCGCUUUCUGCACAGGGAUAUGCGCCUGUAGCUGAGCUUUAUACGGGUACUUGGGCGAAUGUCAACCAAGGCUUGCAAGGCACGGCUCGUGAUAUUCUGACAACGUAUUGGCAGCAUAUCAUCAACCAUCUCGAAUCAGACAACCAUGAUUAUAAAAUCCAUCAAUUGCCAUUAGCGCGUAUCAAGAAGGUCAUGAAAGCUGAUCCAGAGGUGAAAAUGAUUUCAGCCGAGGCACCAAUCCUCUUUGCUAAAGGUUGUGAUAUUUUCAUUACCGAGCUGACUAUGCGAGCUUGGAUACACGCCGAGGACAAUAAGCGGCGCACUCUGCAGAGAUCAGAUAUUGCUGCAGCUCUCUCAAAAUCUGACAUGUUCGAUUUUCUCAUUGACAUAGUUCCCCGUGAGGAGGCCACGUCGCACGCAAAGCGAUCGAGUCAGGCAGCAGGUGCACCAUCGGGGGCUCCUGGGCCUGCAGGCGCUGCAGGACAACUUCCACCAUCUCAACACGGAGUGCAGCACCCCUCACAUCACAUGGCACCACCCGACUACAGCUUGGGCCAACAUGGUCUUCAAGACCAAGAAUAUCGUCAACCAGCUAUGUAUGCGGGACCUGUGCAAUCAGAUCCAACUGCAGCAUAUGGUCAGCCGCAAUCUCAAAUGUUCGAAGGAAUGUAUGCCGCUUACCCGCACUUACCGCCGCAGCAGGUAUGUCCAAGACCAUCUCAUACUCACAUUUCUGUGGGAUAAUUCACCGUAGAGUUAUCUUUGCUUGUCGAAUUAUGUCCGGCUAAUCAUAACUUCUGGCUUCAAAGUGAUCGGGUGCGCGAUGCGAUCGUACAUUACCCAGUUGGUUUUUUGUAGUCCCUUAUUUGCGAGACUUGGGCUUUGAUCUUCAUAAUGGAGUUCUUCUUUUUCGUGAUAGGCUGGUGAUAUCUAUCAGUCUAACUGGUGGAAAGGAUACGGUAACGUAAUUAUUUGGUGUCGUCAGACUCCAGAUGCACCA